AGCAUAAACAUGUAUUCAUUGUAGGUGAUGCGUUUUCUUCUUCACUCAAACUCCCAGCAUUCAUUUUGGCGCCUGAUAUGAAAAACAGUUUGGCACUUGAUCUGGAGGCGAAAACUCUCAAAUUAAUAUUUCCAUUUUGCAUCAAUAUACAUCCAUGGCGGGAGAUUGUUCCUGGAAGGUGGCGCGGUGUCAUCCAGAACAGUGUCUGGACAUUAUCCCAAGAUGACGCAGGCGUGACGUACCAGACCCACAAUGCACCAGAACCUUCACAAUGCAAGAGAGGAGAAAGUAGGCCAAGAGCAAAGAAGCUCAAGAUAGAAGGAGCUACAUUUGACGACAGCUUGAAUGGCCAGAGUAAUGAAAUCAAUGAGACAGAACAUGAAAAGAUUCUGAGAGAUUAUUUCCAGCUUAACGUCUGCUUAGAGGAGAUGUAUAGACAGUGGUCGAAGGCUGACAAUAAUUUUGCAGCUGUGUGCUCCAGUUUCCCUGGUGUACGUAUGCUGAACCAAGACCCGGUUGAAAAUGUUUUUUCCUUUAUCUGUUCGUCUAACAAUAACAUCAAAAGGAUAACUAUGCUGGUGGAGAAACUGUGCACUCUCUAUGGACAUCCUUUGGCCGAGGUAGAUGGCACCAUGUGGCAUGCCUUUCCCAAUGUGUCUUCCCUGGCUGCCCCUGGGGUAGAGGCUACACUUCGAGAUAAUGGAUUUGGGUACAGAGCAAGAUACAUCCAGAAGUCGGCUGAGAUGAUACUCGCAAAGGGUGGAGAAGCUUGGCUACACUCACUGAAGAAGCUCCCAUACCCAGAGUGCCACGCUGAGCUCUCAAGCCUUUGCGGUGUAGGGGCUAAAGUAGCUGACUGCAUCUGUCUCAUGUCAAUGGGUCACUUGGAGGCCAUACCUGUCGACACCCAUGUGUUCCAAAUCGCCGCUAGAGAUUACUUGCCGCACCUGAGGUCUUGCAAGACAGUGACUGACAGAGUCUAUAAGGAAAUUGGCGAUCACUUCAGGAAGGUCUUCGGAGAGUACGCUGGCUGGGCUCAUUCUGCAGGUCCACACGCUUCGUUUUGCACAACAAUUUGUCUGUGCAGUCUGAAGACGGAAUGAAAACCUUACAAUUUUAUUGCGUCUACACAGUACCAUGAUGUUUGUACGAGUUUCGCUCAGUUUUGUCAACAUUGUCAUUGAGGAGGUACUCCUUUUGUCAAUUUUGACGUGUUGUGAAAAAAAAAAGAUUGGAACGUCUCAGAAGCACCCGGCGUUCAAAGUGGUCGUAAAAGUGGCUUUUGAAAAGGCAAAAUUUCUCCCAUAUUAAAUUACUGCGUGAACUACGUGAUGAGCUUAAUGAUUGGCGCAAUUACUUGCGAAUGGACAUAGAAACAUAUAGUACUUAUUUAUUGGAACUAGUGACACCCCAUAUCAUUAAAGAAAAUAUGUGUAUGAGAACAGCAAUUUCACCACAUGAAAGGCUAACAGCAACGUUACGAUUUUUGGCAACUGGCAGAUGUUACAAAGACCUUGAAUUCACAACAAUCAUCUUGAAACAAGCAUUAAGUACAAUCAUUCCGGAAACAUGUGAAGCUAUCUACAAGGUGCUGAGGAAUGAAUAUUUGAAGGUAAGUUAUAAUGCUAGUCUAGAAAAAAAAAAUUAAAUUUUUACAUGAACCUGAAAAGUAAAUAUAAGAGUUGCACAAAAGAUAGGCCAAAUUUAAUAAAAUGACUUGCAAGUAGCUCAGAUUGAUUUAAAUGUUGACAUUUAGUUUGCAAGGGAAGAGUGGGUCACGUCUUGAUGGGCGUCUGUUUGUCGAUCUUGUUCACCUUCCUGUGGGCUAAUGCUUUUAACUGGCAUAAUUUGCCCAGUUGUUGCAUACCCUUGAGUGGGCAAAUGCUGUUCAGGGACAUAGUUAUGUUCUACAGGCUGCAGCUGCUGCAAGAUGGAGUGGUACUGUGCAACUGUUGAUGGAAGAGUAUGUGGCAUUCUAAAUUGUUGGGGCAUAUUCUGUUGACACGAGUUCCUUUCACUCACGAAUCCAAAAUUAUCUUGUCGCUGGCUUGUGAUAUCAACAAUUUUAAAGUUUCUCGUUAGCGCGCCCAACUCUGCUUCAAAUAACACGUCGGAAAUUAGUUUUUGAGCAAUUGCAUUUUGGGAACUAGCGACGCCUCGGAGUUUAUUUGCCACAUGCAUUCCAAAUAGUACCGUAAAAGCAUCAUCUGCAUGUAGCGACUCCAGUCUCCUUCCUACCAACCUCAUAACUUCAGUUGUGUCAUCUUCAUUUGGAACUCCCUUUCUCUUACGAACUGAAGAGUUAGAUCUUGAAGAAUUACGUGACAAUACCUUGCUACUAUGGCCACUUGACUCUUCAGAUAUAGGAGUAGCAGUUGCUUUGCUGCGUUCACUGUCAGUAGCAUCUUCAUGAACAUCCUCUUCCGCCUGGAAAUAAUAAAUAA